AUGUCUCUGGCCGACUCGCUCCUGGCAGAUCUCGAUGGCCUCUCAGAUGGAGAGCCCGAGGAGGUGCAGGCCUCGUCGUCCAACGGAGGUAUGAUGCCCCCUCCGCCCCUACCAUCCAAGGGCACCAAGCGCUCGCUUCUCGACGACCUCGAGGACGACGACGACCUCGAUGGAGGUGACGGUGACCUCAAGAUGGAGGAUGGAACAUCCGCUGCAGGCUAUGUUCCUGAGGGAGGUGUGAGGCCUGCGGAUGAGCUUGACCAGGACGAGGUCAACCGUACCGACCUCGCUGGCAUCGAGGAUGUGGCCAAGGUCGCCAAGUUGAUGACGGGCAAGAAGCUCAAGGAAGUGCUGGAGGUGAGUCAUGCCCAAGCAGAGCGGUAUGCGCUGACAGCCAAGGGAAUUGCGCGGUAUACAGCAGAGCCGACCGACAUGUCGUCUUCGUCUGGUGGACCCCUCGAGGAGAACCCCGAGUACCACCUUGUCGUCACGGCCAACAACAUGAGCGUGGAGGUCGACAACGAGAUCAUGCUCGUCCACAAGUUUAUCCGUGACCACUACGGACCGCGUUUCCCCGAGCUUGAGCAGCUCAUCGCCGACCCAUGGACGUAUAUUGCCGCCGUGCAAGGCAUUGGCAACGUUGACGACCUCACAAAAGCCGUCAUGCCCUCAACUCUUCCUCCGGCGACUGUCCUCUCCAUCACCCUUACGGCCACCAGCACCCGUGGCAGGAUGCUCUCCAACGGCGAGUGGCUGACAGUGCAGCGUGCCAUUGAGGUCGCCGAGCAGCUCCGUGAUGCCCGUGAGCAGAUCUUCAACUAUGUCGAGAGCCGCAUGUCUGCCGUCGCGCCGAACAUUUCCGUCAUUGUCGGUACCGGCAUCGCCGCCAAGCUCCUGGGUCUCGCUGGCGGUCUCCACGCCUUCUCCCGCGCACCAAGCUGCAACAUUAUGCUCUAUGGUGCCAUGAAGAAGACGCUGGCAACCUCGCACCUGUCUGCCGUGUCGCAGCAGCGACACACUGGCUUCAUCUUCCAGUCUCCGCUCGUCCAGUCCGCCCAGCCCGAGGACCGGCGGCGUGCUCAGCGCGUUGUCUCGGCCAAGGUCGCCCUCGCAGCACGCAUCGAUGCCGGAAAGUCGUGCCGUGACGGCUCGUACGGCCGCAAGCUCCUCGUCGACUUGCAGAAACGUAUUGAAAAGAUGGCCGAGCCCGCCCCCAACAAGAUGAUCAAGGCUCUGCCCAUCCCUCAAGAGACGGCGCGUAAAAAGCGCGGAGGCAAGCGCGCACGCAAGCUCAAGGAGCAGUAUGCCCAGACGGAGCUGCGCAAGCUCCAGAACCGUGUCGAGUUUGGCAAGGCCGAGGAGGAGAUUGACCAGGACGACGAGAGUGUUGGUCUCGGCAUGAUUGGCCAGGCCGGUCGUGUGCGUGCCCAAGUGGCAGACACCAAGAGCAAAGCCAAGCUUUCCCGCGCCAACAAGCUGCGCACACAGAUGCUCGGCCGUUCCGCGCUCACCUCGGACGCUGGAUCCGGCACCCAGACCUCCCUGUCGUUCACCCCCGUGCAAGGUAUCGAGAUUGUCACGCCCUCGCUCUCGGCCGCGCAGCGCGUCAAGGAGGCCAACGACCGCUGGUUCGCCUCGGGCACGUUUACGCAUGUUCGCAAGGACUAG